GCCAUGAGCUUCAAAAAGGACGAGGAGACAGGCCUGGGAUCUUACUACAACAACAAGACCACCGUUUUGCAAGAGGCGCGUGUGUUCAACGAGUCGCCCGUCAGCCCACGAAAAUGUCGUGCUCUACUCACAAGAGUGGUCUACCUGUUAUACCUUGGAGAGACGCUGGGGACACAGGAGGCCACUACGGUGUUCUUCAGCGCGACGAAGCUGUUUCAACAUAAGGAUCCGGCGCUCCGUCAAAUGCUCUAUCUCGCGAUCAAGGAACUCUCAUCCGUCGCCGAGGAUGUGAUCAUGGUCACUAGUAGUAUCAUGAAGGAUAUGCAGCCAAAUUCCGAGGUCAUUUACCGACCGAAUGCAAUUCGUGCGCUAUGCCGAAUCACGGACGCAUCCAUGAUGCAAGGUCUCGAGCGCUUCUUCAAGACCGCAAUUGUCGACCGCAACGCAUCCAUCUCCUCGGCUGCAUUGGUCUCCUCCUACCACCUCUUCCCCGCCGCGAAGGAUGUCAUCAAGCGCUGGGUGAACGAAGCGCAGGAAGCGAUCAACGCCAAAACGGGUUCAUUCUUUGGGAUGUCCAGCGGAAGCGGCGGCGGAUUCCUCGGGUACGGCGCACAACAACAGCAGGACAAGUUCCAGCCCCCACCCUCCACAAGCUACAUCACCCAGUAUCAUGCUCUUGGUCUGCUCUACGCAAUCCGGCAACAAGACCGGAUGGCGAUCACGAGGAUGGUCCAACAGCUGGGAGGAAAGCCGGGCUCAUCAGGCACACUCAAAAGCCCAUUGGCCAUCUGCAUGCUCAUACGUUAUGCGUCGAAGAUUAUGGAGGAGGAUCCCAACAUGCAACGACAGAUGUUUGAGCUCCUCGAGGGUUGGCUUCGCCACAAGAGCGACAUGGUCAACUAUGAGGCCGCCCGUGCCAUUUGCGAGAUGCGGAAUGUCACACCUCAACAACUCACGCGACCUGUCUCUGUACUCCAAGUCUUCCUCUCCUCCUCCAAGCCAACCCUCAAAUUCGCCGCUAUUCGCACCCUCAGCGCUCUCGCUCUAACUCACCCUGCUAGCGUCGCUACCUGCAACGUAGACAUGGAGAACCUUAUCACGGAUUCGAACCGAAGCAUCGCGACAUAUGCCAUCACCACACUGCUCAAGACCGGCAAUGAGGCGUCCGUCGAUCGCUUGAUGAAGCAGAUCUCAGGGUUCAUGACUGAGAUCAGUGACGAGUUCAAGGUUAUUGUGGUGGAUGCCAUCCGUUCCCUUUGCCUCAAGUUCCCCGCCAAGCAAGCAUCUAUGCUUACUUUCCUGUCUGGCGUGCUUCGCGAUGAGGGCGGAUACGACUUCAAGCGCGCGGUCGUUGAGGCUAUUUUCGACAUGAUCAAGUACAUCCAGGACUGCAAGGAGGUAGCCCUGGCCCACCUCUGCGAGUUCAUCGAAGAUUGCGAGUUCACAAAACUCUCUGUUCGCAUUCUCCAUUUGCUCGGUAUCGAGGGUCCAAAAACACCCCAGCCAACGAAAUAUAUUCGCUACAUCUACAACCGUGUUGUUCUGGAAAACGCCAUCGUCCGUGCUGCUGCUGUGUCAAGCUUGGCCAAGUUUGGUGCUGUGGUCAGUGAUCUGGCUGUGAAGAAGAGCGUUGGUGUGUUACUAAGGCGGUGCCUGGAUGAUGUGGAUGACGAGGUCCGGGACCGUGCUGCGCUUUACCUACACACGCUCGAUGAUGAACUUUUAGCGGAGAAGUAUGUCAAAGACGAUUCCGUCUUUUCCCUAGGAGCGUUAGAGGCUAAGCUGGUCGUUUACGUCAACGACGCUGAUGCUGCUGAAGAACCAUUUGAUGUCUCCUCUAUUCCCACCGUGAGCCGUGAGCAGGCGUUCCAGGAGACCGCCAGGCCCAGCUCGCUUGACACUAUUGCCGCACCUACCGUAAAGGCGGCGACUGGUCCAGCACCCCCUGCCCCCACUGCUGCGCAGACAAAGUCCGCAUACGCCGAACAGUUGGCGGGUAUUCCAGAGUUUGCGGAGUAUGGGACUGUGCUCAACAGCAGUUCUAAGCCCCAAUCACUCACGGAGAGCGAGACCGAGUAUAUCGUCACGGUUGUCAAACACAUUUUCAAAGAGCACGUUGUCUUCCAAUUCAACGUCUCAAACACACUGCCUGAGACUGUCCUGGACCAGGUUUCUGCCCUUAUGGUUGCAAAUUCCGAGGGGCUAACUGAAAAUUUCAUCAUCCCAAUCCCUACCCUAACUUCCGCGACAUCGCCGGGCAUUGUCUACGUAUCCUUCAGCCGAGACACACCUGAAGAGUACACCCUUGGCUCGUUCCAGACCUCACUGAAGUAUGUUAGCAAGGAGGUGGACCCUGCCACAGGUGAGCCCGAGGAGGAAGGGUAUGAGGAUGAAUAUCAGGUCGAGGAGGUCGAGCUGGGAGCCGCGGACUACAUCGUGCCCAAUUACGUCAACUUCUCACAAGAAUGGGAGCGAUUGGGGCAUGGGGCAACCGCGACAGAGACUUUCUCCUUGUCUGCGUUGGAUAGCCUAAAGGCUGCGUGUGAUUCCCUUAUUGAGGUAUUGAAUAUGGAACCCGUAGGUGGAACGGAAACGCCAGCAUCGACUUCUGUGCACACGCUGAAUCUCUCUGGAUUAGUUACGGGAGGCGGGGGAAAGGUUCUUGCGCGUUCACGGAUGACCUAUUCUGCGGGACAAGGGGUAACGCUGGAGCUUUCGGUGCGCGCAGAAAAGGAGAGUGCAUGUCAGCUCGUCAUCUCCGCGAUUGGCUAGUAUACCCCGCAUUCUCUGAUAAUAUACUUACAAAUCCCUUACUACUCUUAUUUAUUAUCC